GUAAACGGAAGUGCCGAAGUGAGAACCGAAGAGCUUCGUCACACCACUUUGAGCUGGGCGCGAAAUGUCUGGGGGAAAGCGCGGCCGCCGUGGCGCCGGAGGCGCUGGCAAGCGCAACAAUAACUCCUCCUUCCGAACGCCGGCUGUUCAAAGGUCUUCCGCCGCACCUGGCGGACGUCUUUCACUCGGCAGUGGAGCAGCUGCUCCCCGCAAUCGCAGUGUCGGUCCCACGCCAUCUGCUCCUUCCAAUGCUGCUGAGGAGACUUUUAGCCUCGUCAGCGGGAAUCCUUUGCACUUCGCCAUGAUUAUUCGGUUGGCGCCGGACCUGGUGGAGGAGAUCAAGCGCACGGAGGCUCAUGGGGGUACACCGCGGAUCAAAUUUGGCGCAAAUGCUAAUAACUCGGCCGGGAAUGUUAUUAAUGUUGGCGGUAAAGACUUCAGAUUUACAUGGUCACAGGAUAGGGGAGACCUCUGUGACAUAUAUGAAGAGCGCCAAAGUGAGGAAGAUGGAAAUAGCCUGCUAGUGGAAUCUGGUAGUGCUUGGAGAAAGGUGAAUGUACAGCGUGUUUUGGAUGAAUCAACUAAAAACCAUGUUAAAAUGCUAUCUGAGGAAGCCGAACGCAAGUCUAAAUCACGCAAAACCAUUAUUUUAGAUCCUCGCAAUCCAUCUACAAAGAGUCAAGUGAAGGCAAGGGCUACUGUAGAAGGCAAUCCAUCUAAAAUGACUCUGCAGCAACCUCCCCAUAAAAAGAGAAAAGUUGAACCACCCCCAGUCCAAAUUAUGCCUCAUGCAGCAAGAGACCCUCCUAACAAGGUGAUUAGUAGUGGGACACAGGGAAUUCCAGGGGGCAAGAAGAGCACAAGUUCCAAACCUUCUGAUCUGCAGUGCAUGUUGAUAACUUUCCUUAUGGACAACCAGUCAAAUGGAAUGACCCUCAAAGCCUUGGAGAAAGCUGUUGGAGGUGCCUUUCCAAACUCAGCAAGGAAAAUUAAGCCCAUUCUUAAAAAAGUUGCAACCUUUCAGGCUCCAGGUGAAUCCAAGAAGUACAUCCCAGAAAUUAAAGAUUUACUAGGUGGAUUAAUUUGUUCUCAAAAAAAAAAAAAAGUAAAGUACCUUUCUCGUGAGGUGAAUCAUCCCACAUUGCCUACCCAUAAUAAGCAUGAACUUCCAGUUCCGAAAUCUAGCUUGUCAAUGAGAGCUGAUACCAAUGCAUUGGAAGGGCAACAACAGUUGAAUUCUAAACGUGAUGAAGCACCAACUUUCUUAGAAAAAGUUGAUUUAGUCCAACUGUCUCCUGAGUAUUUUGAUGAGCAAAAAGCCCCUGACCACAGUGAACGGCCAGCGGGUAGGUUUAGUGAUAGCAGUACUGAUAGUGAAAGUGACAGCAGCGGUAGUGGAAAUAAAAGCAGAAGUAGAAGCCCUGUGGGCGAUGGUGCAAGCAGGAGUACCAGUGACAGUGAAAGUGAUAUCCCUUCUAACAGUGAGGAGGCAUCUGAUGAUGAUUUGGAUAUUAUGACACGAGAUGAUGACAGGUUGGUCAAGUAUAAACCUGAUGGCACAAAGAGGCAAAAAGCUGGAAAUAUGAAUCAACAAAAGAUUUCUGGUAGUAUUAAUCAAGUUGUUGCAAAAAAUAGUAAUAAAGUUGGGGUGAAUAGUAAAAAUCAACAUAAUGUAACUGAACGGAGCCUGGAGGCUUAUGGAGAUAAUCAUGGAAAGGUCUCUACCGGUGAAGCAGAACGACAUGACACAGAACAGGGAGUCUGCCUUCCUGUCACUAAGGAAUGCAAAAUGCAGGAGAUAAAUUUAGUCACAGACCUAAAUGAUAGGCAAAAGGAUACUUCUUUGUUGAGGAGCAAUGAUGGUUGCCAGGAGAGAAGACAUUCUUCUCCUGAUGAGAUCAGUUGUUCAUUCUCUAAGUAUGAAAAGGAGGAUCCAGAGUUCAGGGUACCGAUUAAUGGUUUCUCACAAUAUAAAGAAUAUGUGGAGGAGUAUCAUGAGAAGUAUGAGAAAUAUUGCUUGCUGAAGAAAACCUUGGAGUCCUACAGGUUUGAGUUCUUUGAACUUGGAAAGGACUUAGACAUCUGUAAAGGAAAGGACAUGGAGAGGUACUAUGAAAUUUUGGCACGGUUGAAGGAUUCUUAUUGCCAAUAUGGACCAGGACAUAAACGACUAAAGAAAAUAUUCAUCGUGCUUCACAAAGAACUGAAGCAUUUGAAACAGAUGAUCAAUGACUUUGCUGCUUCAUAUUGCAAAGAUCGAUAAACGGAUUUCUUCUCCAGUUUUGCCUGUAUCCAUGCUUACUACAGUUUGUUCUCAUAUCUUCCAUGGUUGAAGGCCAUUCAACAUAAUGGUUAGAUUUUUCCAAAGAGGCUUAUUGAAAUGUGAUUAGUAACCUAAGCCUCCUAUUCUGAUAUCUUCCUCGAUCUGAAGUAGGCGACCAGCCGAUCACCUUCUUCUUCUUCUUGCAAGCGAUGGUCGUUUUUUGUUAGCAGAAGCAACGGUUGCCGGAACCCUAAAAUAUCUACAUUACCGGUUGAUAAACAAUUAUUAUGCUUAAAUGCAAAAAAAAUGACAAGUUGCUGUAUUUAAUUGUACUCCGUAACUUUUUAAAGUUUAAGGCUUAAUUGUUUUUUCGUAUGAAGUUCAAGGUAUAUUUUGACAAUUUUUUCAAUUAUAUGAUAUUUGAAUAUGUUUU